AAAAAAAAUGACUAUCUUAGAAAAUACCAACUUUAUAAAGCUUAAGUUUGAAGUUUGACGACGCUACGUUGUUCAGUAUUUGUCUGGCAGCCAUCAACAGUGAACGCUCUCGGUGAAUUUGUAAACAUGGAAAAAAUUGGUCAUCGUUAUGUGAUACAAUACUUUCAUUUGAAAGGCCUCAGUCCAACCGAUAUCAAAGCGGAGUUAGAUUCUACUCUGGGGGAGUCUGCUCCUUCGUUUACAACAGUAAAAUAUUGGGUGGCAGAGUUUAAACGAGGCCGUACGAGCUGCCAAGACGAACGUCGCAGUGGUCGACCAAAUGAGGUGACCACGCCAGAAAUGGUGAAGAAAAUCCACAAAAUGGUAUUGGAUGACCGUCGACUGAAAGUGCGCGAGCUAGCAGACAUGGUAGGCAUUUCAAAAAGUGCUGUACAUCGCAUAUUGACUGAAAAUUUGGACAUGACAAAGCUGUGCGCAAGAUAGGUGCCGCAUUUGCUCACAGCCGAACAAAAACAGCGUCGUGAGGAUGUUUCAAUCGAGUGUUUGGCGAAGUUUCACAGCAAUAAAGCAGAGUUUUUGCGUCGAUACAUAACCAUGGAUGAAACAUGGGUCCAUCACUUGAGACAAAGGAACAGUCAAAACAAUGGACUGAAAGGGGAGAAUCGGCUCCAAAGAAGGCGAAGACAGUUCCAUCUGCAGGCAAGAUCAUGGCGUCAGUUUUUUGGGAUGCGCGUGGGAUAAUUUUCAUUGAUUAUCUUCAAAAAGGAAGAACAAUCAACGGCGAGUAUUAUGCGAACUUAUUGCAGCGUUUGAGUGAUGAAAUCAAGAAAAAACGGCGAAAAAGAAAAUUUUGUUUCAUCAAGACAAUGCACCAGUUCACACAUCCGUUAUCGCGAUGGCCAAAAUCAAUGAGUUAAAGUUCGAAUUGCUUCUUCACGCACCCUAUUCGCCAGAUUUAGCCCCCUCGGAUUAUUUUCUGUUUCCAAACUUGAAAAAAUGGCUCGGUGGUAA